AUGGGCCUAACCACUUCCAAGGAAGAACUGAAUCCUCUCAACUAUCCCGCCAUUUGGAUUUCGGAACCCACCAUGUUUUCGGAUUUCCGAAAGGCCAACGGCUUUCCCACGGACCCCCAAUCCAAGCCCGUUGGCUUGAAAGAUGACGCUCUUUGGGACAAUUUCUCGAAUGCAAUGAAAGUACCAGUCAGCAAACUAAAUGAAUACAUUGGGUGGAUGUAUUUGCUUUACAUUGUAGUAUUGGUCAUGUGUUUGUUGAUUGGAAUUGGAGGGAGAAUACUAUGGGUCCAAAUCUUGACCUUUCCUGUGAUUUUGAUUAAUUUGGCCGGUCAUGUCUACAUUAUCAAGCGCAAUCAACGACUGGACGAAGAAAUUGGAAAGAUCGUUCAGACCUACGAAAUCCAGUUUUUGCCACACAACAUUCAAUUGGAGUACGUAACGAGAUGGACAGCGUUUUGCAAACCACGACACCAACGAGCCAUGAGAGUAGUAUUGUUUGGACCAGUGCCGAAUCAAGACAGACUCAAUCUAACUGACGAUAUGGCGUAG